AUGCUCGCGAACGGGGCGCUGCGAGAAAAAGCUAUAUUGGCGCGGGGCGAUCCGCCGCGCGGCUUGUAUGUCUGGCGGGCCUUUUACGGGCCCCUAUCGGUUUACGCUGGAUUUUUAUUGCGGAGACUACUCGAUCGAAAACCCUCUUUUGAACUAUCGGCCGCGCAAAAACCGCACCGAACCCACUGCCCUUCUAUCGGCGCAGUCCUCUCAAUUAAAAAGCGCAGAGGUGCGCGCACCGCGCCGCCUUUUUGUCGCGCAAAAGAACCGCCGUCGCGCCCUUUUCAAGCCACGCACAAAGAGCCGCCGCGCCGGGCCGAUAAAGAACUCGACGAACAAACGCGCGUGGGUCCCCAGUGCAAGCGGGAGCGGACGCGC